UGUUCUCUGUAACUUGUACCAUGACUGGUGCAGAGAUUGAGCCUAGUGCCCAGGCCAAGCCUGAAAAGAAGACUGGGGAAGAGGCUGUGGCUGGGGCUGAGAGAGAAAAUGAAGUCCCUCUCGUCGUCAGGCCCAAGGUUAGGACUCAGACCCAGGUAACUUCCGGGGCAAAGUCCAAAACUGAGAACAAGCCUGUGCCUGGGGCAAGGCCUAAAACUGAGGCCCAGGCAGUGGCUGGGGCAAGACCUAAAAAUGAGGCCCAGGCAAUGCCUGGGGCAAGGCCCAAAAAUGAGGCCCAGACAAUGGCUGGGGCAAGGCCCAAAAAUGAGGCCAAGGCAGUAGGUGGAGCACGUCCUAAGACUGAGGCCAAGGUAAUUCCUGGGGCAAGGCCCCAGGAUGAAGCCCAGGCAUGGGCCCAGACUGAGUUUGCGGCUGAGGCAAUGUCACAGGCAGAGGGAGUGUCCCAGACUAAUGCCGUUUCCUGGCCACUGGUCAGUACCGAGUCUGGGUCAGUUACUAAAUCUAAGGGACUAUCUAUCGAUAGAGAACUAGCGAAUAUGGAUGCUGAAACCUUUCCUGGCUCCCAGGCUCAGAAAGGAAUCCAACCCUGGUUUGGACCAGGGGACGAACCUACCAUGGGGUCUUGGUGCUAUCCCAGGCCCAGGGCCAGAGAGGAGGCCUCUAAUGAGUCUGGAUUUUGGUCAGCAGAUGAGACCUCUACGGUGUCUUCUUUCUGGUCUGGAGAAGAGACCAGUAUCAGGUCAUGGCCCAGGGAAGAAGCCAAUACCAGGUCCAGGCACAGGGCUAAGCACCAGACUAACCCCAGGUCCAGGCCCAGAUCCAAGCAAGAACCCUAUAUUGAUUCCUGGUCUGGGUCUGAGGAUGAGGCUGGCAACCCAUUCUGCCUCUGGCCUGGAGAAAAUACCAAUAACUUGUUCAGGCCCACAGUCAGAGAAGAGGCAAAUGUCAGGUCCAAGCUCAGGACAAAGAGAGAAGACUGCUUUGAAUCUGAGUCUGAAGAUGAGUUCUAUAAGGAAUCCUGGUUUUUGCCUGGAGAAGAAGCCAAUAGUAGAUUCAGGCACAGAGACAAGGAAGAGCCUAAUACCAUCCUGAAAUCCAGGGCCCAGAAGGAUGUUCAUAAUGGUGAUAGGGUCAAACAAGAGCCCAAGUUUGAGGAGGACGUCAUUAUUGGAUCCUGGUUCUGGGCAGAAAAAGAGGCCAAUUUGGAAGCUGGGGCUUCAGCAAUCUGUGAAUCUGAGCCAGGGGCUGAGGAGGGGGCCAUAGGCGGAUCUUUGUUCUGGGCCGAGGAAAAGUCCAGUUUGGGGGCUGUGGCCAGAGAAGAGGCCAGGCCAGAGUCUGAAGAAGAGGCCAUAUUUGGGUCCUGGUUCUGGGACAGAGAUGAGGCCUGCUUUGACCUAAAUCCCAGUCCUGUGUACAGGGCUAGUAACAGGUUCAGAGAUUCAGCUGGGGUGGAGCUUAAUGUAUCCUCCAGGCCCCAAACCUGGGAAGAGGUCACUGUUGAAUUCAAACCUGGUCCUUGUCAUGGGAUUGGCUUCCCUUCCACCACCCCCUUUAGAAUUCCUGAAGAGGCUUACAAAAUGUUUGAGGCAAAUCCCAAGGACACAGAACUUAGCCCAGAAGGGGAAGAGCAGGAAUCUGUACCUCAGCCUGAUCAGCCUGAUGCUGAGUUCCCAUUUCAGUAUGAUUCUUCCUACCGGUCAGUCCAGGAAAUUCGAGAGCAUCUUAGGGCCAAGGCGAGUGCAGAGCCUGAGAAUUGGUCCUGCAGCUGCAUACAGUGUGAGCUUAAAAUUGGUUCUGAAGAGUUCGAAGAACUCCUUUUAUUACGGGAAAAAAUUCGGGAUCCUUUUGUUCAUGAAAUAUCUAAAAUUGCAAUGGGUAUGAGAAGUGCUUCUCAAUUUACCCGAGAUUUCAUUCGUGAUUCGGGUGUUGUCUCACUUAUUGAAACGUUGCUCAAUUAUCCAUCCUCCCGAGUUAGGACAAGUUUUCUGGAAAAUAUGAUUCACAUGGCUCCACCUUAUCCAAAUCUAAACAUGAUUGAGACAUUCAUAUGUCAGGUGUGUGAGGAAACCCUUGCUCAUGGUGUGAAUUCCCUUGAGCAGCUGACUGGAAUAAGGAUGCUUAGACACCUUACUGUGACUACUGACUAUCACGUACUGAUUGCCAAUUAUAUGUCUGGGUUUCUCUCCUUGUUAACCACAGCCAAUGCGAGAACAAAGUUUCAUGUUCUGAAAAUGCUACUGAAUUUGUCUGACAAUCCUGCUGUGGCAAAAAAACUAUUCAGUGCCAAAGCUCUUUCAAUAUUUGUGGGUCUCUUUAACAUAGAAGAGACAAAUGAUAAUAUCCAAAUUGUUAUUAAGAUGUUUCAGAAUAUCAGUAACAUUAUAAAAAGUGGAAGGAUGUCCUUAAUUGAUGAUGAUUUCAAUCUUGAGCCGCUUAUUUCCGCAUUCCGUGAAUUUGAGGAGUUAGCUAAGCAACUACAAGCCCAAAUAGACAAUCAAAAUGAUCCCGAGGCGGGACAACAAAGCUAAUAUGAUUACACACCUGCCGCUGAUCAGCCUUAUGUUCCCAAAGAGACCUGAGUAGUGCUUUGGUGUUCACAGUCUGGUUUUGUGUUGUAACUUAUAUUUUUAAUGCUGAUGUUAAAUUUGUCAAACUCUUGUUCUGCGCUGGAUCAUUUUGUGAAUGCCAAAUGAAUAUUAGAGCUGUAAACGCAGUUGUUGAUAUUUGUCUUCUUGUCCAGAUUGUGAUAUUUUUCAGUAUUAAGCUUCCAAUGAGCUGAGUCACCUGAGUAAGCUAUCCUGCUAUUCAUUGUUUAAAUAUAUGGUUCUCUAUUCGAGUCUGUGUUUUCAAUAAAGUUCUAUGUUAAAAUUGGCAUUAAUGACCCUUCUUCAUUUUAAAAACUAGAAGCAAAUACAUUAUGCAUCCUUACAAAGGUAAUUAAUAAUAUGACAAACAUACGCUCAUUAUAAAAUACUACUCUUUGAGUUUAUGAAGGGAGAGAUUACUGUGAGCUGUGGUACUUGAGGAAUGUUGCAGAGAAGAGGGACUCACUUAAAU